ACCUUGCACUUUAGCUAAAAAAUAAUUUCUUGCAUUUCUCAAGCAGCAUCUGCUUUAAAAUUUGUUAAAAACAAUAAAAUUUAUUAAUUAAAACUCCAAAAAAUGGAUAAAAAUAGCGCUGCCUUAGUAAAGAAACUGCAAUCUGAAUUGGAGGCCUACCAAAACUUGCAAAAAACAUGUGUAAAAUUAGUGAAACAGCGUACAUUAUUGGAGAGUCAAUUAAAUGAAAACAAAUGCGUUUUGGAUGAACUAAAUCUAUUGGGACCCGAUAACAAAGUAUACAAACUAUAUGGCCCCGUAUUGGUUAAACAAGAAUUGGAAGAAUCACGACAAAAUGUGGGCAAACGUAUUGAGUACAUAUCGAAAGAGCUAAAAAGUUCCACUGAUACCUUAGACAAUGUUGAGAAGGAUAUGACUAAGCAUCGGGAGGCAGUGCAAAAGUUACAACAACAAUAUCAAGUAGCUGCCGCUAUGAAAUAAGAAAAUCGAACAUGUAUUUAAAAGAAAUAAAUUGUGUUAAUGCUUUAAGUCAGUAAUAAUAUGAAAAAUUGGCAAUUUCGCUAAAAAAUAUAUAAGUUUUUAACUUUGCAAGUA